ACAAGACGCACAGCUGGCGGGAAAUGCCACCGGAGUAUGAACACAGACUGAACGGACGGACACCAUUAUCUGACAGCACAAUGGUUCAAAUAGUUGUAAGAGGCAGUGUGGACGGCAGCAGUCCUCCAGAAUGGCUGCUGGUGGAGCUGCAGGGAGAGAUGGUUUCCAGACACAACUCUGGUCUGGCAGGAAAUGUGAUGGGAGACCUGCUCUACACCAAAGAGGGGGUGCCAGUGCUUAUUGUAGGACAUCAUAUCCUGUAUGGGAAGCAGGUCAAACUGGAGAAACCCUUCGCUGUCCUCACCAAGCAUUCCAGCCAUCUGCAGGAUAGCCUGGCCAGCCAUGACAACGACAAUAACAGCGAUGAUGUCACGCAGGUACCUAUGGAAACAAACCAGCAAGGACCCACCUCUUACUCUGUGUCUGCGCUCAUCAAACGGAAGCUGAUCUUUAAGACUCGCCCCAAACCCAUCAUCACUAAUGUACCUAAGAAGGUGUAACGUGACGGUGUUUCUUCACUGGGUCAGAGGUGUGUGUGUGACUGAACCAUGUGAUCUGUGUCGGACUGUUGAUACUACACCUCCUAUUGAUCAAUACUGCAGACGGUUAAACCGAACUGAUUUCAGCAAGAGACUUAAAUGAGGCUCCUUGCAAGUGUGAAUGAAUGUUACUGUAUUGAUUUCCUGAGAGUCAUAGAAAACAUUUGAAGCCCCAUGUGGGUCGGAAUGCCGUUUCAAAUGGUUUUGUACAUUGACGAGAAUCACACCAUGGAUUGAAUACUAAAUAAUUUUCUGUAAAAGAACAACAAAAUAAAUAAAUAAAUUAAAGAAUAUUGGAAA